CCUAUGUAAUGUGUUGUGUUAGUCACAAGGGAGAAACGCUAAAAAAGUCUGUGUGUUAAAUACGUAGGAUUAUUUUAAGAUAAUAGUGGAAUUGAAAAAGCCGAAGGACAGGUGUGAGAUUGCGUGAGAUUUCCAAUGUGUGUUCAGCAAGUUCAAAGGUUAGGUGACCUUACAGAGGAGCUUCUUUUACCAUGACAAGAUCAAGUGCCUUCAAACUCGGCAUCCUCUUCUUUCUCACUUUCAUCUUGUGUCUACCAGAGUUUUUUCCAAAAAUAUCACAAAUUGAGUUUCUCUGUGAGCCCUUUGACCCUUGCACACCUGAGAAUGAUGCACAGGUGUGUUCUCCAUCCGACCCUCCAUGUGCGACAGAAAUGAUAAAUGCCAGCAGUCAACACACACAUUCUGAAGGCUGGUAUCUGUGUAAGACUGAAAUGGAUCUGCAGCUUCUCCACAACACAGUCCCUUCACAGUCAGAAGAGCAUGUAAUGGUGCAAUUGGUUAUGAAGGCAGGCAAUCUCUCUGGAUGGAAUAUUAGUGAGUUUGCGUUUCUCAACAACAGUGAUCUAUACACUGGACCCCAAAAGAGACUGUUCUACUGCUGCCUCCUACCCGACAACAGCAAAUGUCCAGAUCUGAACAUAUCCAUGCAAGAAAAAAACACCAGCUCUCCAACACAAGACACCGCCAUUUUAAAAAACACUACUUCUGCAAACCCAACUGCCUUUUCGCUCAAAACAUCUACACUGUCUUUCCGAGCAACAGCUUCGACGGUUGAGCUGAAGUGUCAAACAACCAGCAGCAGUUUCCUCUUUUACUACCAGGAGAGCAAUGAAACAGCAAGAUCUGCCGCAUUACCAGUGACCCAAAAAAGAAAAGAUGGCCGGUGGUGUGUGAUUACUUCACUGUGGAUGGCUCUGGUGCUGACUGUGCUUGUGGUAACCCUAUUGAGUGUGUGCAACUUGAUCUUUAAGAGCAGAAAACGAAAGUCCCAUUUGAUGCCGGUUUCAGCCCAUGGACAUCAGCCCAAAGUGCUCAGUAAACAAAAAGAAAAUUUGAUGAGUGAUGUCCCUGAUGUGUCCAUAGUAAUGUGCAGCAAUGAUGGUUAUGUUUUCUCUGGGAAAUCUUCAGUGGGAAACAGAACAGAAGAAGACCUUCUGAAGGUGGCUGACCGCACAUGCAAGAGAAAUUUGCCGCCAAUCUAUGAGAUUACAGAGACCUCACAAAAUGAAGAUGAGGAAGACGAGCAAUGCAAUGCCAUGGUAACAAAGGAAGAGUUUAAAAAAACACAUCAGCUUCAACAUCUGGGAGCACAGGGCCACUGUGAAGCCCAGACUUACUUGCAUCAUCGAAGCAACUUUUCAUGUAUUGGUCAUGAAGAAGAUGGGGGGCUUUAACCCCUCAAAUAUAAGAGCAGAUGCACUUUAUUAAAUAGAAAAUGUAUUUAUUUACAACACGACAGAGGCCAGAUAAGUUCAUCGUGCCUUUCCCAUAGUUAAACAUACACUGCUCCAGAAAAUUAACACAAUGGAUCAGUAAGGAAUUAUAGCAUUUGUCUGUGGCCAGCACCUGCAACACCAUUCCCUUUUUGAGGGUCGUCUUGUUGUUGCCGUUCCAGUGCACUUGUUGUCACUGCCAUCAAAGCAGGAAAACUGAUUCAUAAUCGCUUAUGCUUCCUACCUGGAAAGAUAAAUAUCCCUGAUGUUUAAACAUUUUGCACACACCAAACUCAUAAGUUUAAGAAGACUUCACUGCAUUCAUUCAUCUUCCAGCUUUGCACUGCACAACAUUAUUGAAAGGCAGAAACUAAGAGAAUAAUUUCUAAAAGUUGUUGUGGUGUUGUGUGUUUGUGUGUGUUUAAAAGCUGUGUAGGUUUCUUACAAAGACCUAAAACUGAUAGUCUUAGUGUUAUCAGGCAGGAAUAUGUAUAUAGUGUUAUGUCACGCAGUCUCAACAAAAUCGGUUUGGAACAUUUCUAUGACUGGGCCGAAAACCAUUUCGCAAGCAGCACGGCAACACUAAUGUGAUUUCUUAAUUAUAUAAUAACAGUCUUGUUUCGUGUUUCUAUAAUGCACCUUUUAUCUUUACUUUACCUUAAAAUGUACAGAGAUUUGUAACUGGUACUGAGAACGGUGAGAAGUGGAUAUUUUACACAACAGAUGCUGAAUAAAAACACACAGUACUGAGA